CGGUGUGGGCAGCUGAGGCUUUCUCCAACAGCCGACGCAUACGGGAACGCAAAGGCAAAAAUGCAUUUCGAAAUGUACUGUAGCAGUAUGCAUCAGCCUCCAACAGAGGAUGCAUAUGAGGGAUCCAUUUUGCGUUGGAGGAGACGACGCAAAAAUGAGUACCCUCUCUCCUCGACGCAUCGGCCUCCAGAGCAACGACCGCGCUGCAGAGAUUUCCCCUCCGAGGCGGAAGAGGGUCUUGCUCCGAGGACAGAGUCGGAGCUACGGUGUGGUGCGGCGGUGCGUGGUCCGAGCAACGGUGGCAGGCUUGUCGGCGAGAAGAAGAGGAACGAGAUGGACAAUCACCGGGAUAUUCUGGACUUGACCAUUCGCAUGAUGCAAAGGGCCUCCAUUCACCUGAUGCGUUUGAGUGAAGAACUGCUUGUGCCUGGGAAGGUGCUCUCCGAGGUCGAGCUUGUGGACCUCAAGUUCCGCAUUGAGGUCAUUGCAGAUGGACUGGACAAGGACUCCCUUUCUUGCCAGGCCGCACUUGACGACGUGAACAAGGCUACUGACGAUGGAAAUCUGUCUGAGCUUAUACCCAGCGAUGUGUCAUCACCUAUCUCUCCACCACCACUCGAGUACUUGUCGGUGAAGGAUCACAUUGAGGAGUUCGGGGGCGUCGACUACGACAGUGACGCCAUGCCCAAUUUCAGUGACUAAGGCUGCUAGUGUACUUUGUUGGGUUGUAGGAUUGAGAAAGUAGUAUCUCCUCAUGAAAUAGGCACAAGUACAUGUGUGGCUAUGUAAUCCCACUAUAAUAAAACUUGUGCCGUAGUGUUUAGUUGUUUCUGUGCUGAACCAUAUGGUUAGUAGUUGUGGACCUUGAUCUGUUUAAACCUACGUUUGAAGUGUUGAGCUUAAUGUCAUGGCUUGCUUAUUUGAAU